AUGGGUGACGUUUUGGUGGAAAACCCGGCCAACUUCGUCCAUUCUCAGAAGAAGACGGCGCCCUCAACAAUCCCCAGUAUCGAGAACUUCGAGGGCAUUGCUUCGGAAGGAGGUGAUGACUAUGCCACACUCAAGAAGCUGCAAAGGCAACUGGAGUACAUCCAGCUGCAGGAGGAGUACAUCAAGGAUGAGCAAAGGAGUCUGAAGCGUGAGCUUGUCCGAGCUCAGGAGGAGAUCAAGCGGAUUCAGAGCGUGCCCCUCGUUAUCGGGCAGUUUAUGGAGGCCAUCGACCAGAACACCGGCAUUGUCCAGUCAUCGACCGGUUCCAACUACGUCGUCCGCAUUCUCUCCACCCUCGACCGCGAGAAGCUUAAGCCUUCUUCCUCCGUCGCCCUCCACCGCCACUCCAAUGCCCUCGUCGACAUCCUCCCCCCCGAAGCCGAUUCCUCCAUCGCCAUGCUUGGCGCCGACGAGAAGCCCGAUGUGACAUAUGCCGACGUUGGUGGUCUCGACAUGCAGAAGCAAGAGAUCCGUGAGGCCGUCGAGCUGCCUCUGACGCACUUCGACCUGUACAAGCAGAUCGGUAUCGACCCCCCGCGUGGUGUUCUGCUGUACGGUCCUCCUGGUACCGGAAAGACCAUGCUGGUCAAGGCCGUCGCCAACUCUACGACUGCCAACUUCAUCCGCGUCGUCGGUUCCGAGUUCGUCCAGAAGUACCUCGGUGAGGGUCCCCGUAUGGUCCGCGACGUCUUCCGCAUGGCUCGCGAGAACGCCCCCGCCAUCAUCUUCAUCGACGAGAUCGACGCCAUCGCGACGAAGCGUUUCGACGCGCAGACCGGUGCCGAUCGUGAGGUCCAGCGUAUCCUCCUCGAACUCCUCAACCAGAUGGACGGUUUCGACCAGACCGCCAACGUCAAGGUCAUCAUGGCCACCAACCGUGCCGACACCCUCGACCCCGCUCUUCUCCGUCCCGGUCGUCUCGACCGAAAGAUCGAGUUCCCCAGUCUGCGUGACCGCCGCGAGCGCCGACUCAUCUUCUCCACCAUCGCCAGCAAGAUGUCCCUCGCCCCCGAGGUCGACCUCGACUCGCUGAUCGUGCGCAACGACCCCUUGAGCGGUGCCGUUAUCGCCGCCAUCAUGCAGGAGGCCGGUCUCCGCGCCGUGCGCAAGAACCGCUACAACAUCAUCCAAAGCGAUCUGGAGGACGCCUACUCAAGCCAGGUCAAGGGCACGAGCGACGAGAACAAGUUUGACUUCUACAAAUAA